AUGUUUUAUUGCAACUUUUGUAGGAAGACGGUGGUCAUUAUGAUCUUAGUUGUUUGUUCUUUGUUGGUAGUUGCUUCUGUUUUGUUAGUUCUGCACAUUCUUAAUAAUUCGAAUUCAAGUGACAGUUAUUUUCUAGGAAUUGGAAUUUAUACCUUUGAAGUGAUAAAUAAAUAUAAUCAUAUUCAUGACCCUGCAAUUGGAAAACAACUAAAUGAGGGAUCAAAUGUAAUCCCAAUAAAUAAAGCCCAUUCUCCAUUUACACAAGGAUUAUUCUUUACAGACAAUGAUACAUUACUUGAAUCGUCAGGAUUAUAUGGCGCUAGCUACGUAAGGGAAUUUUCAUUAGAUUCUGGAAAAACAAAACGAUUCAACAAUUUGAAAAGUAAUCUCUUUGCAGAAGGAUUGGCUGUAGUUAUUGAACCAGAGACAUAUAAAAAGUAUAUACUUAUAUUAACAUAUAAAGAAAAACUAAUAAUGGUUUUAGAUUUUGACACCCUGGAAUUAUAUCAUACAUUUGAGCAUGAUCUAGAUGGUUAUGGGUUAACCUCAAAUAUAGAUCUUCUACAAUCAACCGAAGAUUUAAAACAAAUUGAUUUUGCACAAAAUCAGAAAUUAUGGACAACUACAGGAGAUGAUUAUUUAUACGAAAUUGAAAUUCCAAGAAAAUUUUUGAAUACGAAAAAAUUAGUCAUAUCUGGAAAAACAAAAAUUACUUGUGCAGGUUUUGAAAUGUUUCACGUUAACGAAUUGGAAUAUCAUGUGAAGGCAAAAACGCUUUAUGCAAAUGUUUUCUUGACCAAGUUGAUACUCGAAAUCGACAUAUCCAAGGGAACGUGUUUGAAGAUUAUUAACUUGUCUGGACUUGCUGAGCAGCGCGACAAUUACGAGGAAGGUAAGAAUAACAGAGAGGCUGUACUGAAUGGAAUAGCAAUAAAUCCACAAAAUAACAAAAAAGAUCUACCAAACCUAUUGGUGACGGGGAAAUUCUGGUCUAAUAUAUUCGAAAUAAAACUCAUAAAAAGUAUUAACAAGUUGCAGGCAACUGAAGUAUUAAAGCAAUACUUUGAAUCGAUUGGGCAGAAGGUUUCAUAA